AGUAUUCUUUACUUUUCUUGACACAUCUUGCUCUUAAAUUCCGUUCUUUUCCUCCCUCUCUCUUCCUGCCUUUCCCCUCUCUACCGUGCAAAAGCAAUGGUUUUCAGCAUCAAGGUUGAGCCCUACGGCGUCGACAAGCUCGUGUGGCUGGAGACGGACGUUCUCAAGGUCGGCCUCACGAACUACGCCGCCUCCGUGGCGUCGGUGCAGGUGUACCACCCGUCCGACAAGAAGUGGAUCGAGGUGAACUGCGGCUACCCGAAGAACCCCGAGGAGGCCUAUGCGGAUCAGGACUACAUGGGCGCCACGGUCGGCCGCUGUGCCGGUCGUGUGGCUGGUGGCGUGUUCAAGCUGGACGGCGCGGAGUACCACACCCAGCAGAACCGCCCCCCGAACACCUGCCACUGCGGCGACGAUGCCUACCACAAGAAGCACUGGGGCCUCCAGCUGAUUGAGACGAAGAACGUCAUUGGUGUGCGGUUCAACUACACUAGCCCGCACAUGGAGAGCGGCUUCCCCGGUGAGGUGAAGAACUACUGCACUUUCACGAUCGAGCGUAGCCGGCCCAACGCAUUUAAGACGGUGUACAACUCCUACAUCACCGACCACAGCCCGGCCGACGCGUCGCCCAUCAACGUCUUCAGCCACACUUCCUUCAACCUGAACGGCAUCCCCGGCCAGCAGGAGGGCCAGGAGAAGUGGGUGCAGCCGCAGAGCGUGCGCAACCAUUGGGUGCGCGUGCCGGCAAGCUACGUCGCCGAGGCCGACCGCGCGUCCAUUCCUACUGGCGAGUUCCUCCCGGUGGAGGGUACCAUCUUCGACUUCCGCCAAGGCCGCGUCAUUGGCGACACGAUCGACGAUGUCGCCGUGCUCGACCGCGAUCCCUGCGGCUACGACCACCCCCUCCAGGUGGACGGCUGGGAGAAGGGCAAGCUGAUGUUCCACGGCGAGGCGAAAAGUCCGUUGACGAAGAUCCACAUGAAGGUCUACUCCACCUUCCCGACCAUGUGGGUGUACUCGGCGAACAACAAGCCCCUGCCGGCGAGCGGCGGUCCGGGCCAGCGCUACGAGCGCUGGAGCGGUCUGCUGGUGGGGCCGCAGAACUUCUCCGACUGCGCCAACUUCUACCCCAAGUACCCCAAUUGCAUCGUCCGCCGCGGCGAGCAGCAGUACGAGGAGACGACGAUCAACGAAUUCCUCGUUGAGUAA